CUGGGUCGGGCCCGGGCCAUGCUGCUCACCGUGUACUGUGUGCGGAGGGACCUCUCCGAGGUGACCUUUUCCCUCCAGGUCGACGCCGACUUCGAGCUGCACAACUUCCGCGCGCUGUGUGAGCUCGAGUCCGGCAUCCCCGCAGCCGAGAGCCAGAUUGUCUACGCUGAAAGACCUCUCACAGACAACCACAGAUCACUGGCUUCUUACGGCUUAAAAGAUGGCGACGUUGUGAUUUUACGACAGAAGGAGAAUGCAGACCCUCGCCCUUCGGUGCAGUUCCCAAACUUACCCCGAAUAGACUUCCGUAGCAUAGCUGUGCCUGGCACGUCAAACACCCGGCAGCGCCAGCCAGCAGGAGCACAGCAGUCCCACUCAUCUCCUGGAGAGGUAGCUUCAUCUCCUCAGGGCCUGGACAAUCCAGCCUUGCUCCGAGACAUGUUGCUGGCCAACCCCCAUGAGCUGUCCUUGUUGAAGGAACGCAAUCCACCCUUGGCAGAUGCUCUGCUCAGUGGAGAUCUUGAGAAAUUUUCUAGGGUCUUGGUGGAGCAGCAGCAGGACCGAGCCCGGAGAGAGCAAGAAAGGAUUCGUCUCUUUUCUGCGGACCCUUUUGAUCUUGAAGCUCAGGCAAAGAUAGAAGAAGAUAUAAGGCAACAGAACAUUGAGGAAAACAUGACAAUAGCUAUGGAAGAGGCUCCGGAAAGUUUUGGCCAAGUAGUGAUGCUUUAUAUUAACUGCAAAGUGAAUGGACAUCCUGUGAAAGCCUUUGUUGACUCAGGUGCCCAGAUGACCAUUAUGAGCCAAGCUUGUGCAGAAAGGUGUAAUAUAAUGAGGCUGGUGGACCGUCGGUGGGCAGGGAUCGCCAAAGGAGUGGGCACCCAGAAGAUUAUUGGAAGGGUACAUCUAGCUCAGGUUCAAAUUGAAGGAGAUUUCCUGGCGUGUUCCUUCUCUAUACUUGAGGAACAGCCCAUGGACAUGCUUUUGGGACUGGACAUGCUGAAACGGCAUCAGUGUUCCAUUGACCUCAAGAAAAAUGUACUCGUGAUCGGCACCACAGGCUCAAAGACCACCUUCCUUCCUGAGGGGGAGUUACCAGAGUGUGCCCGGUUGGCAUAUGGGGCCGGGCGAGAGGAAGUACGGCCAGAGGAGAUUGCAGACCAAGAAUUAGCAGAAGCCCUUCAAAAAUCUGUAGAGGAUGCAGAGAAAAGCGGUAAAGAAACUACCUCACUGGGAAUGUCAUCAUUACCAACUUCAGAUGGAUUUAACCAUCAAGCCCAUCCUUCAGGACAGAGUCCUGAGAUUGGUAAUCCUUCACGUCUUGCUCACUCUGUCUCUGCUUCAGUCUGCCCUGUUGAGCCCAGCGACCCAGACAGCAUUGAACCUAAAGCUCUGAAGGCUUUGAAGGCUUCAGCUGAAUUCCAGGUAACCUGUGAAAAGAAAGAACAUCCUCCUCUACAGGAUCUUUCUGAUUGUGCUUCUUCAGCAGACAGUGCUCCAGCAGACCAGAGGCCAGCUAUGCCUUUGCAGAAUUCACUCGAAGAAGCCAUUGUUGCAGGUAAUCUAGAGAAAUCUGCUGAAAGAAGCACCCAGGGCCUCACAUCUCAUCUCCACACCAGACAGGAAGUUAGUUUAUCUGUCACUGGGAUGGAAGAACCACAGAGGCUUAAAGAUGAAAAGGGUUGGCAUCCAGAAUAUCAGGACCUGAGUCAAGCGAGUGGCCUUCAGCAGCAUGAAGAACCGAGGACUGGACAGCAUGAGGUUAUACGGCAGAAUGCUCCCCAUGACCGAGCACGUCUCUGUAACACAGGGGACCUUGAACUUCUUGGAGAAAGGCAACAGGAUCAACAAAGAAGUAUCGGUUCGGAAGCUACAAUGGAAGGAGACAGGCUAGAGCAGACUGUGGACCUUUCGGGUACAGAGAAAAAUAUUCUACCUUCAGGGUGCUUUGGCUGCUCAAGUUCAGAAACACUUAUGGAAGUAGAUAUAGUUGAACAGUCCCUAGCUGCUGUGCUCAAUUCAGCAGGUGGUCAGAAUACCAGUGUCAAGAACAUCGGUGCAUCUGAUCUCACCUUAGAUAAUCCCUUGAUGGAAGUAGAAACAUCAAAAUGUAACCCUUCCUCUGAAAUUUUGAGUAAUUCCAUUUCCACUCAGGAUUUACAGCUUCCAGAAAGUAAUGUUGAAAUGUCUGGAACAAAUAAAGAAUACGGGAGUUGCCCCUCCUCUUUAGUAAGUCUCUGUGGCAGUUGUCAGCCAUCCAUAGAGUCCACAGAGGAAUCUUGCUCAUCUGUAACGGCAGCCUUGAAGGAACUUCAUGAACUUUUGGUCAUUAGUAGUAAACCAGCUUCAGAAAACACAUCGGAAGAAGUUAUCUGUCAAUCAGAGACAGUAACUGAGGGCCAAACAGGUAUUAAGGACCUUUCUGAGAGAUGGACCCAAAAUGAGCAUCUUACAGCUACCCAGAGCAAACACUGUUCACAGGUCUCCUUUCAUCAGGCCACAUCUGUAACAGUGAAGACAGAAGAAUUAACAUACACUUCAACUGACGCUGGAGUAGAAGAUGAAGAAAAUAUUAACUUCAGGGGUCCAGGUGAUGGCGUAUUAACUGAUAGGGAAGGUGUCCCCAAGUCUAAGGAGUCAGUAAAUGAGAGCAGUUCUGUCACUGUAGCCUCAGCUGAAACGUCCAAUCAACUACAUUGCACCUUUGGUGCAGAAAUUUCACCCAGACUUUUAGCAGGUGAGGAGGAUGCACUCAAUCAGACUUCUGAGCACACUGAGUCCUUGUCAUCCAGUUUCAUAUUGGUUAAAGAUUUGGGCCAGGGCACACGGAAUCCAGUGACAGACAGGCCUGAGACUAGAGAAAAUGUCUGUUCUGAAGCUGCAGGGCCACUUCUAGAAUUCGUACCACCUACCAGCCAGCCAUCAUCAAGUCCCUCCUUUCUUGCACCAUUAAUUUUUCCUGCUGCGGACAUUGACCGGAUUCUCCGUGCCGGCUUUACUUUGCAGGAAGCUCUUGGGGCUUUGCAUCGAGUUGGUGGAAAUGCAGACCUUGCACUUCUUGUUUUGCUAGCAAAGAACAUUGUAGUUCCUACAUAACCAUGGAAACGUGGGCUAGACCAUACUCCAUUCCCUUACAAAAAGCUAUAUAUUUACACAUACACACUCACCACAUAUACAGUAUAUGUAGAAACCUGCAAGCAGAAUGUUGAGCCAGAUUUUUUUUAAAGAUUUUUUUCGGCCAAAGUAAUUUAUGAUCUCUUGUCUGAUGAAUUUGUCUAUUCUAUUUGUUGAAAUUUGGGCCUUUUAAAAUGUAUUGGCAGUAUGUGCAUACAGGAGCUUUUUAUUAACAUUAAGAUGAUGUAUUCUGGAAUGAAAUUGGUGGUUUUGUGUAUAGCAUACCAUUUUAGAAUGAGAGUGAAUGCUUUAAAAAGCAGAAGCCGUGAGAAGUCCCACCACCCAUGCAGCUAAAAACAGAUCAUAAUUUGGCUGUGUCUGUGCUGUAGGCAAGGUGUGGCUUGUUGACUCAGUUUUUGGUUUACAAACUUGAUUACAUGGUUUGGUGUUUGGAAUCAUACUUAGUGCUUUAUGUAUUAUGAUUCAUCAGUUGUCACAGGAAAUUGAAGAAUAUCUCCUAGAGUGGUAUGUUUUUAUUCGUGUGGUUAGGACUUGACAUUUUAAUGGGAUGAGUUGGGAGGGUUUAAAACUUGGGCUGCUUUGUACAUCACAGGCUGCUGCAUGGAUUGCCAGAUACCUUGGGUGGGAUACUGUGAGGGAAUUAACAUUAGCGUGAACCAUGGUGCUACCCAGAUUUAAAAAAAAGAAAGAAAAAACUGUAAUUCCAUUUGCAAAUGUCAUGGUGAUGUUUCAAGAACUGUGAGUGAAAAAUAAUGGCCUAAACACUGGAGUUAACUAGUGACUGGGUUUGGUAGCAUCUCACUGAUCACAGCUCAACCCUUAGUGACUAAUGAUGAGCUUAUGUUCAGCUAGUGGGUUGGUUGCCAGCAGUUUACUUCCUUUCCAAACUCAUCUUCUUCUAGGAAGUUCUUCUAAAGCUCAGUUUGAGCUGUGAUCUGAGUGAAAUAUUCAAGUGUGAUAAAUAACCUUGUCACUGGUUUAUCUUGGUGCUUGGAAUGGUCAGUGUAUUUGGUGAGUGUCUUUCAUGGCAGUGGAAAUAGUAAUUGGAGUUUCUGACUCAAGUGGCCUUGGUAGAGUUUUCCAUCCUUUUCUUUCCUCAGGAGUUUCUUUUUUUAAGCAAGGUUUCGUCAUAUUUGUGUUUACACAUGUCAAGUUAGAGUGGGGCAUAGUAUAUAGAUGUAUUUAUUGUGGCCUUUUUUUAUAUGAGGACUAGCCCUUGGAAAUCACUGUCCUGUGGGCCCCACUGUGCAAUAAUUCUACUGGGUAGAUUUUAGAUACUUUUUUUCGUGGAAAAUAAACCCUCUUAAGUACCUAGCAGGAAUCUGAAAUCUUGGUUUUAUUGAAGAGAAUUUUGAGAAUGAUAAUUCCCUAUUCCAGGUUAUAAUUUGCAAUGUGUUUGGAACAGAAGCUUCAAAAGGGUGAUUUGUGAACUUUUAACUUUAAGUGAUUUUUGUCUGAAGUCUUACUCUCUUUAAAAGCUUAUUCUUUCUGUCAAAAUUCACGUCAUUGAGCACAAUCAAAAUGGAGGCUCAUAUCUCAGGAGUUUUAAAAUGUUUGAUUUGGGGGACUUAGACAUUUCUUUUACCCUAUUCCAUGUUCUUUCUUUUAGCUGUGAGGUUCGUAUGUGUGUUAGGAGCCUGAGUGAUAUGAUGGAAAGUUGCAUAGAUUCCUCAUGACCCUCUGAAGUUAGGGAAUGGUUGACAGAAAGAGUUGUAGUUUACUGUGUUCAGAAGGGCGCUCAGAACAGGUUAGCCAGAUGGUCUUUAAAGUGUUCUUUUAGACGAUCACGUGCUGUAGAUCCUUUUGCCUGCCCUACACCAAAGAUGUAAGAUGCACUAGGAACCUGCUUAUAGGAUUUCUGUCAACCGACUCUCAGAGCUGUGACUGUAAUUAAGUAGUGGUGCUAUGAUUGAAGCAAAAUUUAGUAGCAAUGCAAUGGGCCCCUGAUUUGCGUUAUGGGUAUGCUUGGGAAUUUAUUCUAAGCUUAUAAAUCUUUAGGGUCACAAAGUGGGGUGAGUCUAUGACAGUAGACUCCUCCAAAAAGGCCUUCUGUAUGAAGAUGGGCCUCAGAGGUUUUUUGUACUAGCAGUUCCUCUGACUACUGUUCAGAGGCUUGGCCACUGAAUUUUCACAGUGUGGAGAUUUGGGAGUCAGUCCCAGGUGGGAUAUAGAAUAUCAAUCUGGAAAAGGUUUCAUUACGAUAGCUUUUAUUGUAUGUAUAUGUAUAUUUAUUUCUAGGAGAAAAUUGGAUAGGCCUAUCGUUGUACAUGUAUUCUUAUUAGGAAUACUUUGAGCUUAACCCACUUGCCAAAUAUGCUUGUCCUUUUUCAUCAUUUAUCUUUCAACUUAUAAUUGCUUUUGAUUUUUUUUUUUUUUUUUUUGCAGUAUGCGGGCCUCUCACUGCUGUGGCCUCUUCCGUUGUGGAGCGCAGGCUCAGCGGCCACGGCUCACGGGCCCAGCCGCUCCGCGGCAUGUGGGAUCUUCCCGGACUGGGGCACGAACCUGUGUCCCCUGCAUGGGCAGGCGGACUCCCAACCACUGCGCCACCAGGGAAGCCCUGCUUUUGAUUUUUUAAAUCUUCCUGUCCAUCGUUUGUAUGAAAGUAAAGUUGUUGACAUUGUCAAGAUUUUAAAUCAUUUUUAAAUUUAGCAGUUGUAAAACACAAAAGGAAUUCAGGAACAUGACACUAGUGAACCUUCAUUUUCAAUUUUUAUUCAAAGUGCAGAAAUUAGAGAUUAACUUCUCCAAGGAUAGGAUAAAAUCAUUGUGAACUCCUCUGGUUGCCAACAGAACUGAUAAUGGCCAGCCAUAACCAGUAAUGGGCUGCUUUACUGGAUAGCUCCUUUGCCAUAACCGGUAAUGGACAGCCUUGUGGUCAGCACGUACCUCCAAGGGUGGUAUCUGUUUAUUCACCAAAGAGAGGAGAAGAUUUACCUAUAUGACUUCUGCAGUUUCCCUUUAGUUGGUUCCUGUGUAUAAGAAUGUGCUUGGUAACCAGACAGCUAUACCUAGGCUAUAGAUUUUGCCGUUGCAGCUGGUAAGAAUUAUUUCCACUCGUACCUCUUUAGGCAUCCAGACAUCAGCCAGUAGCCUUCAUCCCACAGUUUGGGCUUUAGCUAUUAACAUAUAAAGAUUACCAGUUGCAAAGGGAACUACAUAGAUGGUGAGUGUGUAUGAAAACUGUCCUGCCUUGCAGCCUACAGAACUUUCCAGAGCUCCUUGUCUCCAUAUAUACUGAAGGGAGACACACACCUUGUAUUUUUUCCCAGAGCAUUUCUCCAGUAAGAGAGUUACAUGGAAAGAUAUAUGAGACUUUGUGUCACUGAUUCUGUGAUAACCAGCUAAGGUGGAAUCUGCCUGUUUUUCCCUUAGCACAGCUUACUAUCCCUAGUAAAAGCCAUAAAAAUUUCGUUGGUUUAACCAUCAGUUCAUGUGUAUAUAUACAUGUGUGAUAGACAGAUAUCCUACAGUUAAUUUUACAUAGAUUAAAAAGCAAACAAUUUUUAUAUCUACAGAUGUAGUCUUCAGUUAUGAUGGUUUUUAUGUAUAUAAAAAACAGCCUUGCAAGUAACUGGCCAGAAGAGUUGCAGUACAUUCUGAUUUCCUUUUCCUAUCUCUUUGCCACCUGCAGAGAGUAUAAGCAGGAUAAUUGAACUGCUGCAUAUUUCAAACUAGUUAUCAGUGGUGACAUAUCACAAGAGAAGCUAACUGGAUUAUGCAUUCUCUAGCACAGAUACCAAAAAGCCAAAUAUCUCCUUUGAAUUUGGUGACUUAGUGUAGUCCACGGCUGAACUAGAAAGAGAAAGAGUUCUCAAGAGUUCCCUUCCGAGAAGAUGAAUGUUAACUUAGUUCUGUAAGAUAAAAAUAGCUUUCUUUUUGAAAGAUUUAAAAAUGCCAAUUCCUGUUAACAAAAAAGUAAAAAUUCAAAGCAUGUCCUUGAGAACCAGAAAUGUAAAAUCAUGGCUCAAAUUCUCUACCUUUGUGGUCCCUUGGUAGAUGUUACUAGGAGUUCAUGGAGUAAAUCAAAGAACUUAGGGGAGGAACCUUUGAUAUGCUUGAUUUUCUCUUGUGCCUUAGUUUCUCCAAAUAGCAGAGGCAUCAAAUUUGGGUGGGGAAUAAAAGUGGAAGGAGGGGGGCAGCAGGGAAGUCUGAAAAUGGCUCUCCUGGAGAUAGGCAUGCGUGGAGUGGUCCUAAGGCUCACCUUUAUUGUUGGUUGAGAAUUAUUCUGCACCAAAUCGUUAGAUUUCCCCAGGUAGAAGGAUUAUGACACGGCUUUUUUGUAUCAGGUAUACCCCCAAAAAUGGUUUCUAAGCGUUUAUUAUGUUCUUUGUGGCACUGUCAGUAUUGUGGUGAAGGCAGAGCAGAAGUUCAAGAAAAUCUUAUAUUACAGGGAAUGUUUACUCUCUUGAAGGCUAUGCAGUUUGAAUCUUUGAAUAAGAGUUCAUUAUUCAUUCAAACAUUAAGUGCCUGUGUGCCAGGUACUGGGGAGCACUGGGGAUACAGGAGUGACUAAAACAGACUGGAAGCUGCUCUUGUGAAGCCUUCAGUCCAGUAAAGAGACAUGAAACAAAUUUUAGCUUCAAGUGCAACAUCUAUUUUUGCCUAUUAGCAUCAUUUAUUUUAAAAGUCAUAUUAGGAUGAUUUGGUUCAAAUUCAGAGAAAACUGGGAAAAUCAGGCUCAAAAUGGAAUUAGAUGCUGUGAACCUAAAACUGCUCUAAAAAAAAUAUUUUUUAAAAAGUGGAAUCGGAGAAACCAACAAAAAAUGUUCUAACAUUUGGUAGAAACACUUGAAGAGAUCAAGGAUUCAGAAAUUAACAUAUACUGUUGGUGGAGGGGGAAUUAGGCAGGAUAGAAGUGCAAGUGCAAGUAAAUGGAAGAUGACCUAAUAUGCACCAGUGACAGUCAACUUUUCCUUCCAUCAGGACCUCCUUCCAUGCAGGAUAGAAAUAUGGAGUGUGCUGCGGCAUCCUUCCCACUCCCCCUCUGAGCACGGCUGCUCUGGAAUACUAACCAUCUGGGCCAACAGGACUUAGCAGAGGAUUCUGGGGGAUUUGCUGUUUUAAAGCAGCUGAGUGCAAGAUGUGAAAAUAGGAAUCAAGAGCAGAAAAUGUAGCAAGCAGUGGUUCGGGGACUGGAUGGUGGGCAAAAUUUAUUUACAAGAAGAUUCAAGGCUCUACCUAAUGCUUCUACAGGACAGCUCCAUCAAAAGGACAUUCUUUAACCCAUUAUUGAAAACAUCACCGUGUAUGUAGUAAUCCUGAAGGAUACAGGUAGAAUUUCUGGACCUUAACUGCUAGUGACUUCUGAGGUUUACAGUUAGAAAACUCUCACAGGUUUAUCUGUUAUGUAUCGGUGAUUGGUAAUCUAGACCCUCUGGGGGCUGUGAAAGGUGAGAGGAUAUAGCAGAUAAGAUUCAGAGCACAAUCUUAGGGAAUGAAAGCUACAGAGAAAAUGGUGCAAGGGCAUAGGAGUUAGGGGAUAUUUCUUUUACCUAAAAAAAGUUAAGCAAACUACAGAAGACUUGGGGUGGGGGUGUGGAAUACAAAAUUAGAAUAAUUUUUACAGAAUUAUAUUUCUUUGAAUACAUACCAUAGGAAGGUUUUCAUUAGCUGACUUGGGGAAGGGGCAUGCUGGUAUAUUUUUUUCCUGGGAAGAUGCAUGACUAAUAAUAAAUUAUUUUGUUUACCAUGAGUUUGUUUUACGUACAACUCUGAAUGAUGCAUCAGUGACUUAAAGAAAGGUAGACCUCUGUAAUUUCCUAUCAGAGGCAGUCACAUCAGUUUGUGUCUAGAUUCCUUUGGUCUGAGAUUACCCGAUGCCCACCAGACUUCCUUUUCUUUCCCUGAAGGCCCCACAGCUUUGAGUUUAUGCUUCCCAUCUGAGACCUUUCCCUCUGAAUGAUAAUAUUUCCAUUCUCUAUUCUCCUGAUCAUCCUUUUGAAAUAGUUCUGGUGAUAUACUCAGAUCAAUGUAUUUGCUUUUUUUUACUAUGCGCUUACAAUGAACAUUGACUUGCCCAUUUUUAUUCAAAAUUUUAUUUCCAUGGCAAGUUGGGCUAAUGGGCUUUGCACUCAAGUAAGGUUUGUUUACCAGUUUUGUAGCCAUAUUUGGCAAAUUUUAGCAAAUAGAAAAAAUCCCUCUUUUCCCCUUUGUUCUUGGCAGUCGUACUUUUAUUGCUUUCCUGAUUUUUCUUUAAGCUUUGAGGCUACUACUGCAUCUUACAAGAGCAACUAGGCUGAUUGGCAAAAUAGGCUUGCCAAUCAGUAGCUCUUUUACUCCCAUAAUGCUUUGGUUUUGAGAGUUGGGAAAACUCUGAGAACUUAAGGGAACCAAACUCAGGAAUCCCACAGUUGGUUGCAUUGUGCCAUUGGUUUAGGGGCUAGACAUAGGACCUGUCUGCAGCUGAGUGAACUAGAUGAAUUUGGGUUUGAGUUUUUGUCAGAUACUGAAAUGUAAGUCAGCCCUAAGUAAUCAAAACACUUUAUUUUCUUUUUCUUUUUUUUUAAUAGGAACUUUCUGAAGAAAAAGUGAUGUGUAAAACAUUUGAUAUUUAAGACAAUAAAGUUUUUAU